AUGAAGCUCUCCGUGGGGCUUGCGACUGCCCUGGCCGGCGUCGCUACCGCGCUAUCCUCCGACCAACCCGCUGACGUAUACGUUCUGCAAUCGACGCAGUCCUCCAACUCCGAUAUCCCAUCAUUACCACGACAGAUUGCCCGCCUCGUCCUCCUCCAGCGCCUUUCUCCCGAGGGCCAGCACGGCACCUGGGACCUCCCCGAGUCCAUUUCGAGCGAGAAGGCUGUCAGCUACCUGAACGAGUUCGGCAUGGCGCCGCAGGGUCUCUUCAGCAACGCCGCCUCUACAAACCCGUCACAGCUCGUCGUCAUGCUCGAGGGCAUCACAGGCGAUGACGCCAAGACACUUCAGAAGUCCUUCGGCGCAAGCCCCAGCUUCAAGGUUGGAGAUGCCCCCUCCGCCGCGGCCAACAGCUUGUUGCUGGCCAACGACUUCCAAAACAUUGGCGUCACCAACAAGGGCUGCCGGUUUGACAAGGCCAUCAACCCCUUUGCGGAGGAGUGCUGGAGUGGCAAGUCUUCCGUUGCCAGAUACGACAUGAAGAAGGACGACUCCAUCAUCGCUUCCAUCGCCGAGAACGCUUCCCUCCUUCGCCAGCUCGCCCAGAACGGCGAGAUGGAAACCACCUUCGUCGUUAUGCCCGAAUCGUCUCGUAACUCCCAGGUCCGCCACUGGUCGUCCAAGCCCGAGGAGCUUCGCCGCCGCCAGGUGGAGGAGGUCAUGAAGACCGAGUCCGACAAGACCACCACCUCCAAGCCCGCACCCACCAGCCCUGCCGAGUCCUCUACUCCUUUCCCCGGCCCCAUCAAGCGCGGCAGCAUCCCCGCAUGCUUCUCUUCAGAGGAGGCUUGCGACAAGGACACGAGGAGCUGCUCCGGACACGGCAAGUGCGUUAACAAGUACCAGAAGGCCGAUGGCCAGUCCACCGGUACCUGCUUUGCCUGCACCUGCUUGAAGUCCAACAACACCGGCAGCGUCACCUACUGGGCCGGCCCUGCUUGCAGCAAGAUUGAUGUCAGCGUCCCCUUCUGGCUCUUUGUCGGUUUCGGUAUCGCGUUGAUCGGUACCCUCUACUUCGCCAUCUCCCUCCUCUUCAACGUCGGCGAGGAGCAGCUCCCUGGCGUCAUUGGUGCUGGUGUCUCAAAGUCGAAGUAA